AUUCCUCAAAUGGGUUUUUCUUAUAUAUCAGAUCAAGUUUGUGAUUGCAAUUGCCACUACAAUUUACAACACCAAGAGAUUAAGAGAGAUGAAUCUUAUAAUCAGAAACAAUUCUUUGGAGUUUUAAAUUUUGAAGCUUCACUCUUACUCUAAGAUUUUCCAGAGGCGGCCAGGAAACUAAAAUCAAAUCGGAUAAAAUCGCAAUUGCUUAUCAGAGUCAACAAAAAUAAGGUAUCAUCAAAUGGAUGAGAAUCCAAAUGGAGUUUCAAGUAGCAAAACUACACCACAUAAGAGUUGUAGCAAAAGAAAUGGACUCAGCAACAAGAGAUUCGCCGCCGUGGACGAUGGCGAAGGGGAUAUUAUAGAGUGUUCCGGCAAGUAUUGUAAAUCAUGCACAACAGGAUUAAUAGCUGAUUGUGUUGCACUAUGUUGUUGUCCUUGUGUUGUGUUACAUUGUUUUGCUUUGGCUUUUAUAAAGGCACCUUGGGUUAUAGGAAGGAAAUGUUUAGGGUUAGGGAACAAGAAAAAGAAUAAGAAGAAAAGUGGUUGCAAAAAGGGGCAUAAAGAUAUUGUGUUGGAAAGGAAUAAAGAAAUUGAUAUGAAGAUGGAUUGGCCAGAAUCACCAAUUGAUAUUGUCAAUGUUAAUGUUGGAUUUGAAGCUGAGAAGGUUUGGCAUGAGUUGUAUCAAAUUGGUCAUUUAGAUUUUGGUAGAGUUUCAUUAUCAAGUGAUUAAUUUGAUCAGGAUUUAAUUCA